AUUCAAAACUCUCUCUCUCUCUCUCUCUCUCCCUCUCCCUUCUUAACUCUUUCUCUCUCUCUCCAAACACUGUGCUUUUAACUUUCCUCACUUAUUAGAGAGCAGAGCAGAGUUGAGUUGAGUUUUUUUUUUCUUUUUUUCUUUUUCUCCAAUGCCCUUUUCCUCAAAAGAGAAAACAUUAUUGGGACUGAUCCUAUGCUUAUACUAUUAUUAUUGAAACAAACUUCUCCUCCAAAAACCUUUUUCCCUCAGAUUUCAUUCACCUAAUAACUACUGCAGUUUUAAAAGGUUCCCUUGCAGAGAAGAUAUUAUUAGAAUCAUAGAUCACCAUCAUCAUCAUCAUCACCUUCAUCAUCUACUGUUCUUUCUUUCCUUAACUAUUUAUUCUACUAUUAUUUCAUCCCAGAACUAAUUUAGACACAAGUGUGUGAUUCUUUUUCCCCUUUUUUUUUUAUAUAUAUAUUUAUAUAAAUAUAUAUAUAUAUUCCUCUUCAAUCUCUCACCAAUCACCAGUCACACUUUAACUUGCUUAUUUCUCUCUCUCUCUCUCUCUUCACUAAACUCACUCUGACAAAAGAUAUAUAUGGAAACCAUGCAAAUGCAAUAUCUAGAUGCAGCAGUCUUCUUUUGUUUACUUACUAUUCUCCUCUUCUAAGGUAGUUCUUUCCCAAUUUAUGAUUUCCACUUUUAGCAUCAAAUGGCAGAUUCACUGAUUAUACCUCCUCUACAAUCUAUAUAAAUAUAGAUAUAUAUAGAGCUAGGUAGAGAUACCCUUUUUCAUAUCUUAUUAUUACAACUUCAAACACCACAACUAGAAACAAAACCAGAACUAUAACCCUAGCUGAAACAACACCAGAACAAGAACACAACAAGUUCAGAAAAAGAGAAUUACGAAUAUAUAUAUUUCUCUUCCUCUUAUCACUGUUAUGGAUAUAGUUUCAGAACCCAACAAUCCCAUGGCCUACAAAGCCACCAAUAUGGGCACAACCGCUCCUUCACCAAGUGGUACUACGAUCACCACUACUACAGAUGCCUCCUCAGCCUCCGUCGCCGCCGGAGCCACCACGCCGAGCCGCUACGAGAACCAGAAGAGGAGGGACUGGAACACCUUCUGCCAGUACCUGAGGAACCACCGGCCGCCGCUCUCUCUCCCCAUGUGCAGCGGAGCCCAUGUUCUGGAGUUUCUCCGGUACCUCGACCAGUUCGGGAAGACCAAGGUACACAACCAGACCUGCCCUUUUUUCGGUCUUCCGAACCCUCCAGCUCCCUGUCCCUGCCCGCUCCGCCAGGCCUGGGGCAGCCUCGAUGCCCUCAUCGGUCGACUCCGGGCAGCCUAUGAAGAGCACGGCGGUCGACCGGAAGCCAACCCCUUUGGUGCCCGAGCGGUCAGGCUUUACUUGCGAGAGGUCCGUGAUUUUCAGGCCAAAGCACGCGGCGUUAGCUAUGAGAAGAAGAGGAAGAGGCCAAAGCCCAAAAUCACCACCGCCACCGCUACCGCCACCAAUCCCGCCACCGGUACUGGUUAGAUCAUCUUCAUCAUCAACAAUCGGAUAUCUCUCAUAUGGAACAAUAUUAUUCGUUUGAAUUUGGGGGCACGUCCUUAAAUUUGCUGUUUAAGGGAGAAAAUUGGCAGUGAAGAACAGCAAGGUGGUAUAGUGGGAUUGGACUAUUCACCACAAAAAAAGAAAAAGAAAGAAAAAAAAAUGAUGGUUUUUGUACUCUGAAACUGCAUACAAUUAAACAGUAGAUCGAUAUCAAUCUCUGUAAAAAUAACAUAUCUUUCUUGCUUCUUGCUAUUUUAAUCAUCUUUUAAUUUGUUUUCA